GGCACUUCCGCACAUGUGACGCACUGUCAUGGAAGCUCGCACGCGCAUGUCUCGGUCGUAGAGUCACCGUUUUCUUGAUUUUGUAUUCGUUCCAAAAUGGGUUUUUUACUCCAGCUAGGACGCGUUUUUCCUCGCCGCCACGUUCGCUUGUGUCACCAGAGUGUUUACAGAAGUCACGAACAUGUACGACGCGUGGCGGUGGACCUUGGAGAGAAAAAGCUUGAGAUCUCCUCUGGGAAGCUGGCCAAAUUUGCUGAUGGAGCUGCCGUCGUUCAGCUGGGCGACACCUCCGUGAUGGUGACGGCUGUCAGCAAGACCAAACCAUCUCCGUCUCAGUUUAUGCCUCUGGUGGUGGACUACAGGCAGAAGGCAGCGGCGGCCGGCAGGAUUCCGACUAACUAUUUACGGCGAGAGCUGGGCACCACUGAUAAUGAGAUUCUCACUAGCAGACUCAUAGACAGAUCCAUCCGGCCUCUUUUCCCCACUGGUUACUUUUAUGAUACUCAGAUCCUGUGUAACCUGCUGGCUGUGGAUGGUGUCAACGAUCCCGAUGUACUCGCCAUCAAUGCAGCCUCGGCUGCUCUCGCUCUUUCUGACAUCCCUUGGAACGGACCCGUUGGUGCGGUGCGUAUGGGUAUGGUGGAUGGAGGGUUGCUGGUCAACCCCACCAGGACAGAGAUGUCUUCUAGCACUCUAAACAUGAUUGUAGUCGGUGCCCCCAGCAGUCAAGUCGUGAUGAUUGAAGCGUCGGCCGAGAACAUGCUGCAGCAGGUCUUCGCCCAGGCUGUGAAGGUUGGAGUCAAACACUCGCAGAAGAUCAUCUUCGCCAUCCAGCAGCUAGCGCGCGAGCUCAAAGUGAGCAAGCGCACGCCCGUCAAACUGUUCUCGGCCCCGGCAGACAUGGUGGUGCGCGUUCGACAAUCAACCUCAGAGAAGAUAUAUGCUGUUUUCACAGAUUCCUCACAUGAUAAAAUAUCAAGAGAUGAAGCCAUCAACAAGAUUCGACUAGAAGCUGAGGUGGAACUAAAAGAAACGUUUCCUCAAGCCGAACCUUUUGAGGUUAUCGAGUCUUUCAACACUGUUAGCAAAGAAAUCUUCAGGAAUUUGGUGCUGAAUGAAUACAGGAGGUGUGAUGGGAGGGAGCUCACUGCUUUGAGGGACAUCUCCUGUGACGUAGACCUCUUUAAACCGCUUCACGGUUCUGCUUUGUUCCAGAGGGGACAAACGCAGGUUCUUUGCAGCGUCACGUUUGAUUCGUUGGAGUCCAGCGUUAAGGCAGACAUCAUCACCACGGCGUUAAGUGGCAUCAAGGACAAAAACUUCAUGCUUCAUUAUGAAUUCCCACCUUACGCGACUAACGAGAUCGGAAAGACUGGCGGCCUGAACAGGAGGGAGCUAGGACACGGCGCCCUGGCCGAGAAAGCACUGAGACCUGUCAUCCCCAAAGACUUCCCUUUCACCAUCAGGGUCACUGCUGAGGUGCUGGAGUCCAACGGGUCUUCGUCCAUGGCUUCAGCAUGUGGAGGCAGCCUCGCUCUAAUGGACGCAGGCGUGCCUAUCUCUUCUCCUGUGGCCGGUGUCGCCGUGGGCCUCAUCUCCAAGUCCAACCCGGAGAAACCCACAGAGAUCCAAGACUACAGACUGCUUACUGACAUUCUGGGAAUAGAGGACUACCUUGGAGACAUGGACUUCAAGCUGGCAGGAACCAACAAGGGCAUCACUGCUUUACAGGCCGAUGUGAAGAUUCCAGGUUUGCCUCUGAGGGUGGUCAUGGAGGCCAUCCAACAGGGCACAGUGGCGAAGCGGGAAAUGCUGGGCAUCAUGAACAAGUGCAUAGCAAAGCCGAGGGCAGCCAGGAAGGAGAACGGGCCAGUGAUCGAGAAGGUGCACGUUCCUGUGUCUAGACGAGCUCGCUUUGUGGGCCCGGGAGGCUACAACCUUCGUAGGUUACAAGCUCAAACAGGAGUGACAAUAAGUCAAAUGGAUGAGGAGACUUUCUCCGUGUUCGCUCCCACGCCAGGAGCCCUCAGCGAGGCGCAGGACUUCAUCAGUGAGAUCUGCAAAGAUGAUCAAGAGCAGCAGCUGGAGUUUGGUGCUAUUUACACCGCCACCAUUACUGAAAUAAGGGACAUUGGAGUCAUGGUGAAGUUCUACCCCAACAUGAGCGCUGUGCUCCUCCACAACUCCCAGCUGGACCACAAACGGAUCCAACAUCCAAGUGCUCUGGGUUUAGACGUGGGGCAACAGAUUCAGGUCAAGUAUUUUGGACGGGACCCCACUGACGGCAGGAUGAGACUGUCUCGUAAAAUCCUCCAGUCUCCUGUGACCACGAUGCUCAAAACACUGAGCGACAAGCAGAGCAUCUCCAUGGAGUCCAGCUCAAACAACACAAAAGCAGACUCAUUAGCUGAUCUCAAGUGAAUGACACAGAGCGCAUCCAGCGCCAUGUUUUCCCCUGGUGGCUGUGGACUUGAACUGCAGCUCUAUACACAAUCUGGAGAAAAUAGAUAUGCUCUUAUUUGUGGCGUUUGACCUGCAAGGAAAAGCAUGGACAAAACAACAGUACAUAAUGUGUAAAAUAUCUGUUUUUUUAAUCGUGCAGUGUGCAAUAUGUGUGAGUCAUGUAAAUAAACAUUUUAGAUUGCACUAUA